CUCCCCCCUUCACCCCCCGCCCCUUCACCCCCACAAUGCACCGCGCGGGGCAGAGCGCACGGGCGCGCGAACCCCGAUUCAAAAUGGCGGAGAGCGCUUAGCGGGCGGCGGUGGCGACCGAGAGACUCUCACUCCCGUCAACAUCAACAACUCUUACAGACGACAACAACAACAACGACAAGAAGAACAAGGUCACGGCUCGCCAACACGCCGCACCGCAAGCCGAGCCAAAGAACAAACGGCAAACAACCGACGGCAACCUCGGCCGACAACCACCACCGCCGCCUGUACCAACACCACGAUCAGCGCCGCUGCCGACUGCAGCAACUGCGGGGGUAGCAGCAGCGGCAGCAGCAGCGGCAGCCGCCCCGAGUAACCGCAACAACAGCACCGGCCUCUACUCCUCCACAGUAUUGGCCUCGGCGUCCUUGUAGUCGGCCUCUCCUGCACUCCAUCGAACAUCGGUCACGUCCCGUAGCAUCUCCGUACCAUCAUCAUCACCAUCAUCAUCGUCGUCGUCGUCGUCCUAACCCUCCUCUCUCCGCCUCCAUUACUCCCCCCACCACCCCCCCCUAUCAAUCAGCAUCAGCCUCGUGUGCGAUCCGGCCGCAUAAGCCAGCCGUAGGUGUCAACGCAAUCCGGCUCCUGCACUGCCGUGAAUCGCCGGUCUUGGCCUCCCCCUACUACUCCUCCUCCUCCACAAAACCUCUCCAACCUCGGCAUUGUCUCGCGUUAGAUUUCCUCAGCAUCAGCCGCAGCUUCAAAAUUCAUCGUCGUCCUCGUCCCUCAUCGUCGCCUUCAUCUUCUUCCUCACCGCGCUUGGGGACCCCCCCCCCCCCACCACCACCACAACCCCCCUCCACCGGCGCCGUCCAAUGGCCGAGCCGCGGAGGGCAACACUGUCCACGCUCUCGGGCCCCUUCGUCGCGGACAAGAAGAGCGAAGGGGACGACGAUGGCAAGGCGAAGGCGGCCAAGGCCACGGCUCAGCGCUUCGUGCUCACGCUGGGCGAGUCGACGGACGAGGCGUGCCCCGAGUUCUAUUACCCCGAACUGCUGCUGAGAGCCGCCUCGGGCAAAACACCAAAGAAAAAUAAUGACGACCCUUUCAAUGAAGAGGAGAGAGAACGGAAGGAAGUUGAAGCCCUGGCCAAAAAGUUUGAAGAGAAAUACUCCACUUCAAAGCAAAAGCUUCGGAGAGACCGAGUCCAGGAUCUGGUCGACAUUGGCUAUGGUUACGAUGAAACGGAUUCCUUCAUUGACAACUCGGAGGCAUACGACGAGUUGGUGCCCGCCUCGCUUACGACCAAGUACGGCGGCUUCUACAUCAACACGGGAACCCUGCAGUUUCGGCCGGCAUCGGAUUCGGAGGACGACAACGCUUCUUCGAACCUGGACAAGCACAAGAAGCCACUAAAGAAAUUUAAGGAAGGAGAGGACAAGAUGAUGAAGAAGCGUAAAAGGAAAGAAGGACCUGAGAAAGAGAAAAUGCCUAAAAAGCUGAAAGUGCUCAAGCAGAUAGGAAUAACACCUCUGAAUUCUGACAAGUCCGAAAAGCAGAAGAAAAAGAAAAGCAAAGGACCCAUUUCGCUGCCGGAGAUGAUUGAGCGGUUCCAGAAGGAGAAGGAGGAGGCGGCAAUGAAGCAGGAAAAGGUGGCGCAGACCGCGACGGCAUCCGGGAACUCUGUAAAUGCUACAAAUGCCAGCGCUCCAGAGGAGCCCGUAAAAGCGCCUGUAAGCAAGCUGGAGCCCCUGCCAAUGCCAGACUGCUCUGCCGACCAGCUGCUGCCCAACCUGUUUGGGCCAGGCUGCGAUCUGGACCUACUUCAGGUGGUGGCCAACGCGGCGCACAACCUGACCAGCCUUGACCUGGACAGUCUCCUGGAGGACUCGCCAAACAGCAGCCUCUCCCAGGAGUCGGAGACUCCUUGCCAGCAGGCCCAGCCCAGUCCCAAGCUGCCAGAUGGGCUGCCUGCUCCACUUGACAUGAAAAUUAAGCAACUGGUAGAGGUUGCCAAAACGUGUGAUAGCGAGGGCAAGCAGAAGCUCUUCAGCCAAGAUGUCAGUCACAUCCUCCUCGACAUUGAAGUUCAGACAAAGGAGCUGAACAGCCAGCUGCGUGGAGGCGUCUACGCUCACGUGGCAUCCCUCCUGGGUUGCAGCAAGGACUCUCUUCUGAGGCGCGCCAAGAAGCUCCAUCAGCAUGAGCAGGAUGGACGUCUCAAGUCGCCGAUGCACAAGCUGCGGGAUGCUGUGGGCGCCGUCAUGCCGGAGCAGACCGUAAAAUACCAGGAGACUUACCAGGCCCACACUCAGGCCAAAAUUAUGAGUGAAGAACGAGAAAGAGAAGAUAAAGAUAAAAAUGCCAGCGAUGAUGACGACGAUGACGAGAAGCCUGGCAAACGUGUGUUUGGUCCAAGAAAGAAAUUUCAGUGGAACACUGAGAUAAGGGAUUUGCUGUGUAAUGUGGUGAAAGUGAAGAUGGCAGGAUAUGACGCGGAGCGGAUUAAGUCACAGUCGGCCGAGGACUACCUGAAGGCCUUCCUAGAGGCCGAGGUGAAGCCGCUGUGGCCCAAGGGCUGGAUGCAGUCCAGAAUGCUAUUUAAGGAGAGUCGGGCAGUCCACGGCCACAUUACAGCAGCACCAAUACAAUAUACAGCAUAUAAAAAAGAAACUAGUACAAGUUGUUCAUUACAAGAAAAUAAAAGACAGGAAGUUUGUUGUAAAACCAAGAUUGAAUCUGCAAAUGUUAAAGAUGCGGCAAAAGAAAGUACAAAGAAGAAAUGCAUUCCUCCUGCAAAACCAAAGCUCAAGCAGGACACGGGGCUGAAGUCCGAGCGGAAGCCUUUAAUUGCGACGGCGGGCCCGGCCUCUGUGCGGCCGGGCACACCCAACGUGCUGCCCGCAAACGCACCUCUGACAGCGCCGCCCGUGCCCGCCAACACCAUGGCUAACCAGCCCGCGCAGCCGAAACCGAUGGUGCCGCAAGCCGCGGCGGCGGUGGCGCUCGGACAGUCGGCGCUGGCCCAGCCCGCUGCGAUCCACUCCAGGCCCUCGAGUUCAUCGCCGUCGUCGGGCGCGUCCGGUGCCGUUCAGACGACCGUGGGAACGAGGACGGUCAUCGCGUCACCAUCCUCCUCGUCGCCCAACUCCUCCGUGCUCGUCUCCGCUUUGCCCAUGCAGGGCAGGGGUCAGCACGUGGCUCCGCCCGUGUACAACAUCGACAACUCUCUGGACGACGAGUUGAUCUUGAACCCGGGAGUCCUCGGCAGCGUGACGGAAACCCUGGCUGCGCUCAACAACGCCGCGUUGAUCGACAAGCUCUGCUUGCCCGGGUUGUUGCUCGGAUCGUCGGACUCGAUUCCAAAAUCCGUCACCAGACAACCCACGUCCGGCCUGGAGAAGAAACCCGUGCAGCAAAACCCUCCUCCCUCGGCUACGGCAAGGUCGAGCCCCGUUCCUGCGGGCCACUACCCUCUCAACCUGUUGGCUGACCAGGCGGCCAAUAGGAAGCAGCUUCCGCAGCAGGGUAAAUCGGCAAGUGGCCACCCGCAAGUGGUCGUUCAGGCUCACAGAAAUGUCAUCUCGGGCGUGACGCAACUGCAGAAGCAGAAAGCGGGGACCACCGUCGUUUCUCAUGCGCAUCAAAAACCCGCCCUGCAGCAGAGCUCGCACCGGCAGUACCAGCAGAACUCGAACCCUUCGGCCAAAGUGGCCAAUCAGCAAUACGUGAUAAAAACCUCGGUCGCGUCCCACAGCAAAGAUUCAUCGCAAAAGCAGCACCAGCCCCACAUGCAGCAGGCCCACAUACAGCAGCACCACAACAUCAAAGUCUCGGACAGGCUGCCAUACAAACAGUCGGACAUAAUAAAAAUACCCAUACAGAGCCACAGUUUGCCUCAGGCCAGCACGUUCCCAUCAAACUCGUUGGGGAAUAACACCAUGGGUAAUAUAAUAGCCGGAGUCAUUGGGCAUUCCGGUGUGUCCGCAAACUCGGCGUCUUCUGGACAAAAAUUCAAGAUGCCCUACUCUCCCUCAACCAAGGCUGCGUCCACAGGUGCUAUGACCUCGUCCCACCCGUCGAACAGUCCCGUGCUCGGCUGCAGCCCAAAGAGGCUGGCAGCGGGCGCUCCGAAGCUCGGGCAGAAUAGCGGUUCGCCCGGCUCUGCAGGUGCUGCUCACGGCCUCGCCAGCACGGGAAAAGUGGCAGCCGCCUCUCACAAGUCUCCGUCCCACCCGCCACCUCCAUCAUCUUCCCCUGCUUCCUCCACGUCGCCCAACCAGAUCGUCUCGGGAAGCUCGCUGCUGGCCACGGGCACGGCGGCGGCAUUGCUGCCUACGACCUCCGUGUUGGGUCCGAAAGCCACCGCUUCGUCAGCCCACAAGCCCGCCCCUGCGUUGUCUCACAAACCGGCGCAGCCCGCCGGCGCCGUGCCGGCGGCAGCUCAGCCAGCUCGGCCCGCGCUCCAUGCGCCCAUACGCAACAUCAUCAUACCCGUCAACUUCACGGACUUCGACAGCGACGCGGCCAUGAGCGGGAGGGACGCCAUCAUAACGGGGCCCGCGCCAGGCACGUUCCACCACGGCCUCCCGCACAGUCUCUAUACAGGCUUGCACUCUAGUCCCCAGCCGCAAGGGUCGCAGCCCCACUCUGCUUUGCCUGCCCGCUUUCCACAGUCUUUCCCAGAUGCAAGUUCGUUACAGAAAGACGCCUCCAACCUUCCGAGAAAAACUCAAUGACAUUUGUGCGAGAGCAAAGCGAAAAUCGGUGUGAAUUAAUACAAGUUUCAUUUUGGGCUGCUGUAUUAAAUGUGUAACCCCUUCAGAAUGUUGCUCCCUUCCCCAACCAUCCCCACCCCCCCCCCCCAUCUUUGGGCAAAUGAAAAACUUGAUGGAAUAUUUAAUGUACUAUUGACGGCUACAAAUAAUGUUUAAAUGAUCAUCAUUAUUUGGUGCUGAUGAAGAAAGCAAUUUUGUUGUCUUCAAAAUAAAUUCAACUAAAUCUUGGGUCACAUCACAUUCUCUUUCACGAGCAGUUAAAAGUGGAUUUUGGUUCCACCUGAAGUGAAAAACCGGUUACCAUCAUGAACAAUGUUUGAGUAAAAACAUUUAGGGAAAGAGAGAGUACAACAUUAUUUACAAACCUUAACUUCCAAUGCAAUCGGGGGCAAAACAUCUUGCGUGGGUCAUUGACAAAAACAACCAAGCAAAAGUAAAAUAAAACAUGAAUGUAUGUCAGCAGUGAAGAUGUGUGUUUUUCUAGGAACUUUGCAUUACAACAUCUUUGUGAGCAGUGUCCUUUGGGUGUAGACAAUUUACUUUGACCAAGCCGGGCCUGAUAAAUUUAAGCUGCCAGCAACAGAGACUUUCUGCGUCUUUUGAAAAAGGCUGCGUACUUUUUACAGAUCUUAAGGGGGAUGUUGCCAUGUGGGUGUAAUUGCUUGCACACCGGACUUGCGGAGGUCGCCACUUUUAUUGUCUCCUGGCGCGGCAGCUCAAGCGAUGGGCAACUUUAUUCAAUCUUCCUCCCCCCCCCCCCCCCCCACAUCUGUCCAUCCAGCAAUAUAAAAUGGGUAAGUCGACCGGCAUGUUGCGUGUGGCGAGGAAAGGUGUGGAUACUCCUACCUCUUCCAAUGUGUACGGUCAAUGUGGAAGAGUAGACCAAAUAAUACCCUCUCGUGGGAGUAUCUUUAGAGCUUCUCCCCGCAGUGGAGGCCCCUUCCGCCAGUGGUGGCGUGAGCAAGAAAUUGCAGGGCUGCACCCACACAUUUUUAUACAUAUUAAGAGAUAUAUUGCCGUGUGUGGCUAUGGGAGAAACAGCCUCAGUAUUGUCUUUCAUGCGCCUGGGCCGAUCUGCACGACUCCAUCUGCUGCUCACAUUGACGUGUUGUAAUGUGGGUGAUGGUCAAAAGACAACCAGUGCCUUUCAUUAAACAAAAAAAAGAAUAACAACGGUAAACGCUUGUCCAAAACUUUAAAGGGGAAACAUGGAAUUUGUUUUUUUCUCAUCUGCUCUGAACAUUUAUAGUAAGGCGUCAUAUUCCCUUACGAUAAUAUUUAAUUGUAACUACAGGCUUUUGGGUCGGCCUUCCAUUGUUGAAAUUCCUACCUUUACUGGAUGUUUGCGUUUAAUUAAUUAACAUGAUGUAAAGUAGGGAAGAUUCAAAAAGGUUAAACCAAGCUCAGGACAUCUCUCAUUUUGUGCAUUUUUCUCAUGCUCGUUUUCUUAUUUCUUGCACCCUUGCUGUAAAACUGCUUUCUGCUUUUUUGAUUAUAGGAAUUGUACAAAAACUGAAAUAAAUGUGAGAUAAUGGUAAA